GCCAGUCGGAAUCGCUAUGGCAGCGGCGUCGCCGAGGGCCCGGCCUCCGUGUUCCCGCCCCGGCCGGGCAUCCACAGCGUCCGCCGCCACCGCCGUUUCUCGGGCAUGAGCGGGGCCUUCCGCCGCGGCCUGUUGCCCUGUCCGCUGCCGCAGCUGCCGCAUUCCGGCUGUGGGCCCGCUCCAGGAACAUGCCCCUGGCCGCCUACUGCUACCUGCGGGCAGUGGGCAGGGGGAGCUACGGGGAGGUGACGCUCGUGAGGCACCGGCGGGACGGCAGGCAGUAUGUCAUCAAAAAAUUAAACCUCCGAAAUGCCUCCAGCCGAGAGCGGCGAGCUGCAGAACAGGAAGCACAGCUCUUGUCUCAGCUGAAGCACCCCAACAUCGUCGCCUACAAGGAGUCGUGGGAGGGAGGGGACGGUCUGCUCUACAUUGUCAUGGGCUUCUGCGAAGGAGGUGAUCUGUAUCGAAAGCUCAAGGAGCAGAAGGGCCAGCUUCUGCCUGAGAGCCAGGUGGUGGAGUGGUUUGUUCAGAUCACCAUGGCACUGCAGUAUUUACAUGAAAAACACAUCCUUCACCGGGAUCUGAAAACUCAAAAUGUCUUCUUAACAAGAACGAACAUCAUCAAAGUGGGCGACCUAGGCAUUGCCCGAGUGCUGGAGAACCACUGUGACAUGGCUAGCACCCUCAUCGGCACGCCCUACUACAUGAGUCCUGAACUGUUCUCAAACAAACCCUACAAUUAUAAGUCUGAUGUUUGGGCUUUGGGAUGCUGUGUUUAUGAAAUGGCCACCCUGAAGCAUGCUUUCAAUGCAAAAGACAUGAACUCUUUGGUUUAUCGGAUUAUUGAAGGAAAGCUGCCCCCCAUGCCAAAAGAUUACAGCCCAGAGCUGGUGGAAUUGAUAAGAACAAUGUUGAGCAAAAGGCCUGAAGAAAGACCCUCUGUGAGGAGCAUCCUGAGGCAGCCUUACAUAAAGCGCCAAAUCUCCUUGUUUUUGGAGGCCACAAAGGCAAAAACCUCCAAAAAUAAUGUUAAAAAUGGUGACUCUAAAUCCAAGCCUGUUGCUACAGAGGUUUCUGAGAAAGCUGAAUCAAAUAUUGAAGUAAUCUGCCUCCAACCACACUCCUCUGAGGGCUCCAAGACAUACAUAAUGGGUGAAGAUGAAUGUUUGUCCCAGGAGAAACCUGUGGUCAUUGGCUCCUCAAAGACCUCUGCCAGUCUGAAAGGCCACCCUUGCAAACCAGACAUGAACAGUACCGUAGAGUCACUAGCUACUAUCAGCAGGGUAAAUAUUGACAUUGUACCUGCAGAAGGGAGGGACUCUGUGAAUGACGGCUUAGUUCAGGAGAAUCAACCAAGACACCUAGAUCCCUCUAAUGAGCUAGAAGGUAAACGGACUAUUUCUCAAGUGAAGGAGGAGAGGCUGCAAGAUAACACUAAGUCCAGUGUUCAUUCUGAAAACCUGAUUCCCACGUGGUGCUCUGAUGCCACCAGGGAAGGGAGUGACCCAGUGAAGUCUCUGCAGCCCCUAAGCAAAGAGCGAAAGCCAAAGGACCAGGGUCGAGUUGCUGAUGAAUGUAUUAUAGAAAAACAGCACAGAAUUUACCCAGGAUUACAGCCCCACAGCUCUGGGUCUGAACCCUCCCUGUCGCGACAGCGAUGGCAGAAGAGAAGAGAACAGACUGAGCACAGUGGAGGAAAGAGACAGUUCCAAGAGGUCCCUUCUCGACUUUUGCCUUCUCUUCCCACUGUUGGAAAAACAGACUUCACGUCAAUACGAAAGGAUGCUGAAAACCAAAGUACAGCAGUUACUGGGUCUGUGAGCAGUUCGAGGAACAGUGAGGUCUCAUCAUCAAAGGAUCGACCAUUAUCAGCAAGAGAGAGGAGGCGACUAAAGCAGUCACAGGAAGAGAUGUUUCCUGCAGGCCCUGCAGAGAAGAGAGAUUCUGUGAGCGCAGCAAGGCUAGGGAAACCACAAGAGGAAGGCCGGCCCGUUUCUGCCCGACAGUUCUCUUCUGACUGCAGUGCUGUUCAGGAGAAGAAACUGAUCCAUUGUCUAUCUGAGGAUGAGAUAAGUUCUUCUACAAGUUCAACUGAUAAAUCAGAUGGGGAGUCAAGGGAAGGGAAAAGUCAUACAAAUGAAAUGAGUGAUUUGGUACAAUUGAUGACUCAGACCCUGAAACUGGACUCUAAAGAGAGCUGUGAAGAUCUCCCAGUACUAAAUCCAGUAUCGGAGUUCAAAAUUCAUCGGAAGUAUCGGGAUACAUUGAUACUUCAUGGUAAAGUUGCAGAAGAGGCAGCGGAGAUCCAUUUUAAAGAGCUGCCUUCAGCUAUCGUGCCAGGUUCUGAAAAGAUCAGGAGAAUAGUUGAAGUUUUGAGAGCUGAUGUUAUCCAGGGCCUGGGGGUUCAGCUUUUAGAGCAGGUGUAUGAUCUUUUGGAAGAGGAGGAUGAAUUAGAAAGAGAGGUACGUUUACAGGAGCACAUGGGUGAAAAGUAUAUGACUUACAGUGUGAAAGCUCGCCAGUUGAAAUUUUUUGAAGAAAAUGUGAAUUUUUGAGAAUUUUUUCUAAUCUGCUACCAGAACUAAAAACCUAUAUCUGUAGUUUUUGUCUUAAAAAAACAAGCCCAUAACAAGACUUGGAGGCUAUUCCACGUGCCUAUAUGUCUUUUAGGGUUUUCUUUCUGGAAAAAAAUCGGACAGUACAGAAUGAUAUGAAUCAAGCUCACAAAAGAAAGAAAAGAAAAAAAACUUUGACUAUCAUAUUCUCUUUAUGAGCAAAAAUCUUUUAUAAGACAUUUGUUUGGUUACUGUUAACUGAGACUUAAACCACCAACUUUAUAUCUGGUACUUUAUUUUUUUUAAGGUACUAAUUAGAUUUAAAACGGGGCCUUAAUAUAUUGGAUUUGAAGAUUUAUAUUAUUCUGUAGUGAUAAAAGCUAAGUCCAGUGAUAAUACUUUUUAGUGUUAAUAACAUUUGGUAGUCGCUGAUAAUUAAAAGUCAAUUCACAGUUCUAGGAGUAGAUUUGAAGAAUAUCAAGUUGAAUUUAGUAUUUGAAUAAUUGAAUUCCUUUUUUACACAUUGAUGGACAUUUAACAUUUUUAUUUAAUAUGAACUUUAUUUCGGGCAUGUAUUUUGGCUUUGUAAAUCAAUAUGUUAUUACAUACUGAUUUUGUUAGAUUUAUUUUUCCAUCAAUAAAACAUUUUUUAAAUACUAAUUCCUUUUGGAAUUAAUCAAUUUGUAAGUACAGUCCAGAUACUUUUUACUUAUGUUGGAUAUUUUUAAUGUAUGUCUCCUGAAGUUUGUUUUCAUGUACAUCAAGAUUUUGGUUGUCUUCCCAUAUUUUAAAUGUAUGAUAUGUAUACCAUGUAUUUUGUUAGUUGUUUAAUAAGGGGGUAAUGCCCAUCUAGGAAACAGUUUUUAUAAAAUGAGUCUUGUAUAAUAAAUAUUCACUCCUAUAUUCAAGGGACUCUGAAAAUGAAUACUUGCUCCAGAAAUAUUCUCCAUUUUUAAAAUUUGAAAAUUGUAUCUUAUGUUCUUUGAAAUAUGACACACAAUACCCAAAAUUUUCCCUUUCCAAUAAUUUAAUAAUUUUUUCAAAAUUUUUAUUGUGGUAAUAUAUAUAUAUAACAUGAUAUUUGCCAUUUUAACCAUUUUUUAGGUGUACAAUUCAGUGGCACAAAUUACAUUUAUAAUGUUGGGCUACCAUACCAUCAUCCAUUACCAAAACUUUUUUAUCAGCCCAAACAGAAACACUGUAUGCGUUAAGUAGUAACUCCUCAUCUUCCCCUCCCCCUGUCCCUUGGUAACCUGUAAUCUAUUUUCUGUCCUUAUAAAUUUGCUUAUUCAAGGUAUUUCUUAUAAGUGGAAUCAUACAAUAAGCAUCCUUUUGUGUCUGGCUUAUUUUGCUUGGUGUAAUUUUUCCAAAGUUUAUCCAUAUUAUAGCAUGGAUCAGAAAUUUAUUCCUUUUUAUGGCUGAAUAAUACUCCAUUGUAUAUAUGUAAUACCCUAUUAUGUUUAUCUAUUCAUGUAUUGAUGGACACUUGGGUUGUUUCUGCCUUUUGGCUAUUGUGAAUAAUGCUGCUGUGAACAUUAUGGCAUACAAGUAUCUGAGUUCAUUUUCAAUUCUAUUGGAUAUAUACCUAGGUGUGUAAUUGCUGGGUUUUCUGUUUAUUAGGUAGGGGACCAUCCUAGCAUGGCCUGCCACCUUUCUCUGGGACCCACAAUAAUAUCCUGUGCUCAGGACCAGGUGUGUCAGCCUGGCAAAAUAAAGCACAAACCCCUAGUAGAUAAGGGGACUGCUGCUAUGUUCCAUACCAUAUUGUCCCAAGUCUAUGUAAACAUUCACUGGAGACAGUCUGACUCUAGUGGACAUGUUUUACAUCCAUCCCGCACCCCUGUGGUAUAUCUGUCUCUGGUGGGGAGGGAGUGGCGUUCUUCCACUGCAGCAGCACAUGAACAUGAAAGGGUGCCGUGCAAAGUUCUUUGCAUUGGCCAUGGAUUGAGACCUGUUGGCUAUGGGGAACAGAUGCUCACUAGUGAAGCUGACCUAGUCAUCUUUCCAUCAGUCUGUGUGAGUUUUGCUUUUGGGGCAACCCCAAUGCCUGUAUUUGGAGGGGGUUCACAUCUCUUUAGGUGUCUCACCUGAACAACUGUUUAACUUUUUGAAGAUCCUCCAAACCAUUUCCCACAGUAGCCACAUCAUUUUACAUUCCUAUCAGUAAUGCAUAAGGAUUCUGAUUUUUCUGUCUUUGCCUAUAUAUAUAUAUUUUUAAAUAGCCAUCAUCAUGGGUGUGAAGUGGUAUCUCAUUGUAGUUUUGAAUUGCCCUUCACUAAUAACUAAUGAGGUUGAGCAUCUUUUCAUGAACUUU